CUCGGUACAGUUGUCAUGAGCAGGGAAAUCAGCCAUAGAGACCAGGCUGUUUAUUUCUUGGACAUUUUAACAUGGGGACUUAUGGAGACUGACUCACUUCUGGAGAUGUUAGCUGGGAUUAGCUCCUAUACCUAAAGUAGUUUUUAGUUUUAUUUUUCUGUUCAGUGCUGAUGUUUUGUUCACUUAGAGGAGAAGUUGACACCUCGGCACUAGGACCCAUCAGACUAUUCAGGCUGGAAUAUUCCGGCGCUAGGACCUCUUGGACAGUCUUGGUCUCUUUGUCUCCACCAGUCAGCGCCUCCCCCUUCUCCUCCUCCUCCUCCUCCUCCUCCUCCUGCUCCUCGUCUGUAGUCUCAUUCCGUGUCUCUCUCCAUCAGCAGCGGUCUGGAUGCUUGCAGGGACAGAAACAUGGCUGUGAAUCUCGGCAAGAACAGACUGGCCCUGCUGACCGCCUAUCAGGACGUCAUUGACGAGACCUCGGACACCGACUGGGCCUUGUACACAUAUGAGGAUGACAGCAAUGAUCUGACACUGGCAUCAUCAGGAGAAGGGGGUCUGGCAGAGAUCACACUGACCUUUGACAGUGGCAGGGUGAUGUACGGCUUCUGCAGCCUGAAGGAGCCCACCUCCGCUCUGCCACGAUACAUCCUCAUCAACUGGGUCGGAGAAGACGUGCCGGAUGCCAGGAAGUGUGCCUGUGCCAGCCACGUCGCCACCAUCGCUGACUUCUUCCAGGUCAGACCCACGACGGGGGUGGAGGUCAUCGUGAACGCCAGCAGUCUGGACGACAUUGACCCAUCAGCCAUUGGUCAGCGGCUGACCAACGGGACAGCAGUGGUGGCAAGUCCGGUCCUGAGCCGCCUGAGAACCCGUGAUGAAGAACAUGGAGACGUGGGCACAGUGUACGAGAAGACCAAUGCAGAGGUGGAGAUGAAGAAAAUCAAUAGAGAGGAGUUUUGGGAGCAGGCCAAGCGCGAGGAGGAGAUCAGGAAGGAGGAGGAAAAGAAGAAGGCGGCAGAGGAGCGACAGCGCUACGAGGAGGAGCGAAUGGAGCUGGAGAGGAAAGAGCAGGAGAACCGGGAGAAGAGGUACCGCGAGAGGGAGAGGCAGAUUGAGGAGCACAGGAAGAAGCUGCAGGAGGAGGAAGAGGCCAGAGAAAGGUUGCAGAAUCAGACUGGCAUCGCUACAGAGGCGAGCCUCGAGGACCUCAACCUGGACAAGAAAGAGUCUGAGGUGGAGGAGGCGAAGGCCAUCAUUGCUCAGCGGUCAGGAAACCCGCGAGAGUUUUUCAAGCAGAAGGAGAGAGCCAUGACCAUCAGUGUUGACACCUCGCCUGUCUCCGUCCACAGGACCGGCCGUUUGGACAGCCCGUUCUUGAGGCAGCAGCACAGUCCCAGCAGCCCCAGUCCGACUCCCCCACCUCGGGGCGCGUCGCCCCUCCGCACCCCACCACACGCACGGACGCAGCCCAUCGCUGCAGCCGAUGACAAUGACGACGAAGGGAGAACAGAGCGCAACAUGGCUGCCGUGUCACCCAUUCCUAAAAUAGUCACUACACCCAUCAAAGAGGACUUCAGCAAGGAUGAGGAGGACUGCAGAGACGAGUGGGAUUCGGUGCCAAAAGAGGAGCAAAAACCGCCAGUCCAGGAGUCAACACCCACCAAACCCGUGCAGAGUGUCGCCCCGCAGGCCCGCGACUCCUCCAACUUCUCUGUGUGGGAGUCCGGGACAGACAGCCUGGUCAACCUGUGGGAUAGCAGCUCCGGCCCUCCUCCAAACUCUUCCCAGACCUCCCAGUCCUCCAAUCUGGUGGACCUGAUGGGUGAUGUCCUUCACGAUAACCUCCCACCCAGCACCGCCGCCGCCAGCAGCAAGCCUCAGCCUCUCCUCAGCUUCGAUGAGAUGAUGGACGGGACCUUCUGCUCGGGCACCGGCGCCGAGGACGACCCCUCCAGUCUGGUGGAUGUGACAGCCUCUGACCAGAUGACCCUCAGCUACCAACAUGCACUGCAGCAUGCAUCCGGGGAAAGGCAGGAGCUGGAUGAUGGACAGCUACUGAUGACCAAUGGGGAGACGCUGCUGAAAGAAGGGACUCAGGCGAGUGAGGGCUACUUCAGCCAGUCACAGGAGGAAGAAUUUGGCCAAUCAGAGGAGUCCUCAGCCAAACCUACACCGGUCUUUUACAACAAACCACCAGAGAUUGACAUCACGUGCUGGGACACGGACCCCGUGGUCGAUGACGAAGACGACUAACCGGCCUAUCAGACGCCACUCCCAUCCCCCAUCCUCCUCCCCUGGACCAAGAGGAAGUAGGAAGUGCGCUUCAUGAAGAAACAGAUCUUUUUUCUAAAAAAAACGAAUCACAAACAAACAAAAAAAAAGUAAUAAUAAUAACAAAUCUUGCAUCAAAACUACUUCUGUAUUAUCUUUUAGAGGAAACGAAAACAGUAGCCACUGAAAAAAGGGUUUGAGUUCUCGUUAAAGAUGGUUUGAAGGCUCACUUAUUUUCUGUGUGUUUGUUAUUUUUAUUUAUUUGUUUUUUCUUUUUUUCUUUUGUUUUGCUAUGCAGAUGUAUUAGCUGGGGGCGGGUGACUUUGUUUGUGUAAACCAUUUAUUACACAUUAACGUAGCGCACUGCCUCAUUUUAGAGAUGAUGAAGCCCCCUGCCCGUGUGAGGCAGGCAGCCAACACACAUCGUCUGUAGUGCUUUAAUAACACCCUAUAAAACUAAUACAGUGGAUCAUUACAGCCGCCAUGUAUAUCUUCGCUCUCUGUUUCUUUUCUUACCUUUUUUUCACCUCCUUCCUUCUGCCUUCCUCCCAAAAAAUUCACCUCUGCAAGUCAGUUAAUCUUGUAUUUAACCCUCAGUAAGGAAUCUCUCAAGAUGAAAUAACUCAAAUUGUGGCUCCUUUUUCACCCCUUUUGUAUGAUUUAAAGGCUGAAUUCAAGAUUAAAUGGCUUGUAAAUCUGGUUCCUUUUUUCAGUGCACUUUUAUUAUUUAUUCUGCCUCCUUGUGGAUGAACUGCAUCUUCUCAAUCAGCCCUCCCCUCAUUGUUUUUUUUACCCCGACUUAUAUAUUUACACAAGCAAAAAAACUAAAGUAUUUCUUUGCAUCUAAUCUAGAUGAAUAUACUGUAGAUAUUUUUCCAAGUGUUAACAGUUUUUUAGGAGAGUUUGGCUUUGUGGUAAUGAACAUGAAGCCUCCUUCAGCUUGUGCACAGUAGAAAAAACAAACAAUGCAUCCUUUGUAUGAUUCUUAUUCUACGGAAAUUUCCCACAAUUUUUUGGACAGCAGUCGGCACAGGUCCUCUUCAGAGCCGCAGAGGUUUUAAAACAAUGAAAAAUAUUUGAAUGUUUAUUUCUGGCAAUUAGAUCCUGGAUGACAGAGGGAAGUUGGGAUGAAACUUUGGCCACACGAUGCUUGCAAAUCUUAUUUUUUAUGUCUGUGUUAUGAUCUGCAUGGAGAACCAGAUGUUCAUGAUUUAUCACAUUAGUGCUGAUAUGAUGGUCAGUUUUAAUUAUAGAUGAGCUUCACACAGUCUGCACAAUAUUAAGUCAGAAAACUGUAGAAGGAAACAGAAACAAACCUCAUAACUAAUCUAAGCAGCAGUGAAACUAAACUCAAAGUUUGAAGCAUUUGUUAAUUCUGCAGUGUGAAGGUAUCAGUGUUCAUUUCGAAAGCAAAUUUUGAUUGAAUCAUGCUUUAGUCAAUUGAAUUGUUUUAGAUAUAGUCCAGUUGUAGUUGAAUAAACUGUAAUGAGUUUAAAUUGUGAAACCUGAACUCAUUCUUCCAAACUCAUCAAUCUCGAGGAAACAUCUGUUGCUAUUUACAAGACAAGUUUGCAAUCUAACCCCUUGAUCCCACCGGGCUUGGCUCUGUGUUUUGGUUAGUUUUCUAUGAGGCUUCAAACUCCACCAAGAGUGUUUCAGAUUUGGUAAUUUUUACCUUGUUUAUGCUGUUCUACCACGAGUUAGUAGGCUAGAUAGUUCAAUAGUUAAGUCUAAAAUUGACCAGAUUCUGUAUGCUGUUUCAGAUCGAUCUGCUCUGUGCAGAUUGAUGCAGAUUUUUUCUAUUGAAAAAGUUUAACUUGUUUUGUAUUUCAAGUUUAGAGAACUAACAACUACUCAAAGAGAUUCACAAUUCAUCCCUCCCUAACAUUUGCGUCUUGUUUUAAGUCAUUCAUGACAGAUUUUGGCAACGCAUUUCAGAUUGGUAGGAUCACAAACUAGGCUUAUUAAUCAUAACAGACGUUUCCUCCAGGAGUAUAAAAUGACUUUGAGAAAAAAUGUUUAAGUAAAGAGUUACACUUAAACUAAACCCUUAAACCAAUUAUAGUGAACUAAGUUUACUAUAGAUUCAAUUGACUGAAGCUAAAACAAUUCAGAUGACCAAUAUAUGACAGAAACAUCAUGGGAUUUUAAUGAAAACACCUUUAAUGACCCUGAAGGAUACAAACCAAAACGUGUUGUUCUAACAAUAAAGUUGUUCUACAUACUACAAGUCUUGCUUGAGUUUUGAACUUGUCAGACAUUUUUCCUUCUUACGCACUGAAAACCUUGACUAGUUUUUGUCAUCAUGAAUCAGUUUUAGUUAUUGUCUAGUUUUUGUUUUUUGGUUUAUUAAUGAGAAAUGAAGAGAUCUAGAGGACACUGAGCUGAAGACAACAUGCUCAGAUACAUGAACAUUUUCAGCAUUUGUGGGUAAAUAUAUAAAAACCUUUCUGGUUCUCCACGCAGUUCACAACAAACAGUGACCAUGUCUGCUGCCCGACUGCUUUUGUUCUGUGCCAAUGCAAAAAAAAACAUUUUUUUUAUUGAUGUGAUAUUUAGUUGCCCUGGAAACUGGAGUAAGAGGUGGGGCGGGCUGAGACAGGAGGUGUGUGUGUUUUUAAUACCUGUCAAAAAGUGUGCUAGAAUGGAUUUUCAGGACCUUUUUGAAUAUUAGCAACAACAGUGUUAGUCUUUUUUUGCUGUAAAUUCCUGUAGAAAAUAAAAACUCCUAGGCAAUAA